UCCACUGCACAGCUUGCAGAUCGUGUUGCUCUGACACCUCAGGAGUUAAAGCCCACAGUCCAGAGAUGUGCACAGUCCUCUCACUCACCUGACUCCUCUGAAGCUGGCUGUGUCUCGGUGUGGUGUCUUCUGUAUUUAACCUGUAACAAAUGGCGGGUAAACACAGCUUCACAUGUUGUCCCAAUACAGAAGAGCCCAGGGCAGUUCCUCUGUCGAUGGCCAAAGCACAGACCGCUCUGGCCCCAGCAGACCAGCUAUGGAGCACCAGCAGAGACCAGGCGGUGCGGCUGAGGAUGGAGGGCUCGGGCCCGGCCUCAGAAACCCCCAUUACCGUCCAUCAGCUCUUCAUGGAGACCGUGGAAAAUUACGGGGAUCGUCCCGCCUUGGUUUCCAAAACAGAUGGCCAGUGGGUGACCCUGACGUGGAGGCAAUACUACGAGCAGUGCCGUGCAGCAGCUAAAAGCUUCCUCAAGUUGGGGCUGGAGCGUUACCAUGGUGUGGGGAUCCUGGGAUUCAACUCAGCUGAAUGGUUCAUCUCAGACGUCGGCUGCAUUUUUGCCGGGGGUCUGGCAACUGGGAUUUACACCACCAACUCACCUGAAGCUUGUCAGUAUGUUGCUGAAAGCUGUGAGGCUAAUAUCCUGGUUGUGGAAAACCAGAAACAGCUUGAAAAAAUUCUGCAGGUUCAAGAUCAACUACCUCAUCUGAAAGCAAUUGUCCAGUAUAAAGGCGAGCUGCAGCAGAAAGCACCCUUCCUGUAUUCAUGGGCAGAGUUCAUGAAGCAGGGAGAAGACGUGCCUGACGAGCAGCUGGAUGCUGGGAUUGACAGCCUUCGGGCCAAUGAGUGCUGCACCCUCAUCUUUACCUCGGGAACAACUGGCAACCCUAAAGGAGUCAUGUUGAGCCAUGACAAUCUGACAUGGACAGCCCGUAGGGCAGCUCCCAUGGCCGGUCUUAAGUGCGGUGAGGAGGUGGUGGUCAGCUACCUGCCGCUCAGCCAUGUGGCAGCCCAGCUAAUUGACAUGUGGAUAUGUGCUGGUUUUGCCAUGACAACAUACUUCGCAGAUCCAGAUGCUCUCAAGGGCUCCUUAGUAGACACACUGAAGGAGGCUCGUCCCACUUGUUUCCUGGGAGUUCCUCGUGUGUGGGAGAAGAUGCAGGAGAAGAUGAAAGCUGCCGGUGCCAAGGCAUCCCCAAUGAGGAGCGCAGUGGCAGGCUGGGCCAAGUCCAUAGGCCUGCAGUACAACUACAGUGUCAUGAACGGGUAAGAACGAGACAAAGAUUGUUUCAUUGG